GGCGGCGGCGGCGGCGGCACCAUGUUCCCGGGGACUGCCUGAGCCGCCCGGCCGGGCGCCGUCGCUGCCAGCCGGGCCCGGGGGGGCGGCCGGGCCGCCGGGGCGCCCCCGCCGCGGAGUGUCGCGCUCGGGAGGCGGGCAGGGGAUGAGGGGGCCGCGGCCGGCGGCGGCGGCGGCGGCGGCGGCGGCCGGGGGCGGGCGGUGAGCGCUGCGGGGCGCUGUUGCUGUGGCUGAGAUUUGGCCGCCGCCUCCCCCACCCGGCCUGCGCCCUCCCUCUCCCUCGGCGCUCGCUCGCGGCUCGCGGCUCGCGCUCGCUCCUCUCCCCUCGCAGCCGGCCUGGGCCGGCGCCGACCCCCGCCCCGGAGCCCUUGCCGGCCCGGCCGCCCGCGCUCGGGGCUGUUUCCGCGAGCAGGUGAAAAUGGCCGAGAACUUGCUGGACGGACCGCCCAACCCCAAACGAGCCAAACUCAGCUCGCCCGGCUUCUCGGCGAAUGACAGCACAGAUUUUGGAUCAUUGUUUGACUUGGAAAAUGAUCUUCCUGAUGAGCUGAUCCCCAAUGGAGGAGAAUUAAGCCUUUUAAACAGCGGGAACCUUGUUCCAGAUGCUGCUUCCAAACACAAGCAACUGUCGGAGCUUCUGCGCGGAGGCGGCGGCUCUAGUAUGAACCCAGGAAUAGGAAAUGUCAGCGCCAGCAGCCCCGCGCAGCAAGGCCUGGGCGGCCAGGCGCAAGGGCAGCCGAACAACGCGAACAUGGCCAGCUUGGGUGCCAUGGGCAAGAGCCCUCUGAACCAGGGAGAUUCUGCAGCCCCCAGCCUGCCCAAGCAGGCAGCCAGCACCUCCGGGCCCACUCCCCCUGCUUCCCAAGCACUGAAUCCGCAAGCACAAAAGCAAGUGGGGCUGGUGACCAGCAGCCCUGCCACGUCGCAGACGGGACCUGGGAUCUGCAUGAACGCUAACUUCAACCAGACCCACCCGGGCCUCCUCAAUAGUAACUCGGGCCACAGUUUAAUGAACCAGGCCCAGCAAGGACAGGCGCAGGUCAUGAACGGAUCUCUUGGGGCCGCAGGCAGAGGAAGGGGAGCUGGGAUGCCGUACCCUGCUCCAGCCAUGCAGGGGGCCGCGAGUAGUGUGCUGGCCGAGACGUUAACCCAGGUUUCACCGCAAAUGGCCAGUCACGCCGGACUGAACACGGCGCAGGCAGGAGGCAUGACCAAGAUGGGAAUGACUGGUAACACAAGUCCGUUCGGACAACCCUUCAGUCAGACUGGAGGGCAGCAGAUGGGCGCCCCUGGAGUGAACCCCCAGUUAUCCAGCAAACAGAGCAUGGUCAACAGUUUGCCUCCCUUCCCUACGGACAUCAAGAAUGCUUCAGUCACCAACGUGCCAAACAUGUCUCAGAUGCAGACUUCAGUGGGAAUUGUCCCCACACAGGCGAUUGCGGCGGGCCCCACUGCGGACCCUGAGAAGCGCAAGCUCAUACAGCAGCAGCUGGUUCUCCUGCUUCACGCCCACAAGUGUCAGAGACGAGAGCAAGCGAAUGGAGAGGUCCGGGCCUGCUCUCUCCCACACUGUCGAACCAUGAAAAAUGUUUUGAAUCACAUGACGCAUUGUCAGGCUGGGAAAGCCUGUCAAGUUGCCCAUUGUGCAUCUUCACGACAAAUCAUCUCUCAUUGGAAGAACUGCACACGACAUGACUGUCCUGUUUGCCUCCCUUUGAAAAAUGCCAGUGACAAGCGAAACCAACAAACCAUCCUGGGGUCUCCAGCUAGUGGGAUUCAGAACACGAUUGGUUCUGUUGGCACAGGCCAGCAGAACGCCGCAUCUUUAAGUAACCCAAAUCCCAUAGACCCCAGCUCCAUGCAGCGCGCGUACGCUGCUCUCGGACUCCCCUACCUGAACCAGCCCCAGACGCAGCUGCAGCCUCAGGUUCCCGGCCAGCAACCAGCACAGCCUCAAAGUCACCAGCAGAUGAGGACUCUCAACCCCCUGGGAAAUAACCCAAUGAACAUUCCAGCAGGAGGAAUAACAACGGAUCAGCAGCCACCAAACUUGAUUUCAGAAUCAGCUCUUCCAACUUCCCUCGGGGCCACAAACCCCCUGAUGAACGAUGGCUCGAGCCCUGCAAACAUUGGGACCCUCAGCACUAUACCGACAGCGGCCCCUCCUUCCAGCACCGGCGUUCGGAAAGGCUGGCACGAACAUGUCACUCAGGACCUGCGGAGCCAUUUAGUGCAUAAACUCGUCCAAGCCAUCUUUCCAACCCCCGACCCAGCAGCCCUGAAGGAUCGCCGCAUGGAGAACCUGGUGGCUUACGCUAAGAAGGUGGAGGGGGACAUGUAUGAGUCUGCCAACAGCAGGGAUGAAUACUAUCACUUACUGGCAGAAAAAAUCUACAAGAUACAAAAAGAACUAGAAGAAAAACGGAGGUCGCGUUUGCACAAACAAGGCAUCUUGGGUAACCAGCCUGCCCUGCCGGCUCCCGGGGCGCAGCCCCCAGGGAUUCCGCAGGCACAGCCUGUGAGGCCUCCAAACGGACCCAUGCCCCUGCCAGUGAACCGCGUGCAGGUGUCCCAAGGGAUGAAUUCAUUUACCCCAAUGUCCUUGGGGAAUGUACAGUUGCCACAAGCUCCCAUGGGACCACGUGCAGCAUCCCCCAUGAACCACUCUGUCCCGAUGAACAGCAUGGGCUCCGUUCCAGGGAUGGCCAUCUCUCCUUCCCGGAUGCCUCAGCCUCCAAACAUGAUGGGCACUCACGCCAACAACAUUAUGGCCCAGGCGCCUGCGCAGAACCAGUUCCUGCCGCAGAACCAGUUCCAGUCCUCCAGUGGGGCAAUGAGUGUGAACAGUGUGGGCAUGGGGCAGCCGGCGGCCCAGACAGGCGUGCCACAGGGACAGGUGCCUGGUGCUGCUCUUCCUAACCCUCUGAACAUGCUUGGGCCCCAAGCCAGCCAGCUGCCCUGCCCGCCAGUGACACAGUCACCGUUGCACCAGACACCACCGCCUGCUUCCACGGCCGCCGGCGUGCCGUCUCUCCAGCACCCAACGGCGCCUGGAAUGACUCCUCCCCAGCCAGCAGCUCCCACCCAGCCGUCGACUCCCGUGUCGUCUUCCGGGCAGACUCCCACCCCGACUCCCGGCUCAGUGCCCAGUGCUAGCCAGACCCAGAGCACCCCUACGGUCCAGGCAGCAGCCCAGGCCCAGGUGACCCCACAGCCUCAGACCCCAGUCCAGCCCCCGUCUGUGGCCACCCCUCAGUCAUCACAGCAGCAGCCAACGCCUGUGCACGCCCAGCCUCCUGGCACGCCGCUUUCCCAGGCCGCAGCCAGCAUCGAUAACCGGGUCCCCACUCCUUCCUCGGUGGCCAGUGCGGAAACCAGCUCCCAGCAGCCAGGACCCGAUGUACCAAUGCUGGAAGUGAAGGCAGAGGUCAAGACCGAGGACACUGAGCCUGACGCCAGUGAAUCCAAGGGGGAGCCGGGCUCUGCGAUGAUGGAGGAGGAUCUACAAGGAUCUUCUCAAGUUAAAGAAGAAACAGACACAACGGAACAGAAAUCAGAACCCAUGGAAGUGGACGAGAAGAAACCGGAAGUCAAAGUAGAAGCUAAAGAGGAAGAAGAGAACAACGCUAAUGGGGCUGCCUCUCAGUCAACGUCUCCUUCACAGCCACGCAAAAAAAUCUUCAAGCCGGAGGAGUUACGCCAGGCUCUUAUGCCAACGCUCGAAGCGCUGUAUCGACAGGACCCGGAGUCCCUACCUUUCCGGCAGCCUGUAGACCCCCAGCUCCUAGGAAUUCCGGAUUAUUUUGACAUUGUGAAGAAUCCCAUGGACCUUUCCACCAUCAAGCGGAAGCUGGAUACAGGGCAGUACCAAGAGCCCUGGCAGUACGUGGACGACGUCUGGCUUAUGUUCAACAACGCCUGGCUCUAUAACCGUAAGACGUCCCGGGUCUAUAAAUUCUGCAGUAAACUUGCAGAGGUCUUCGAGCAAGAGAUUGACCCCGUCAUGCAGUCCCUUGGAUAUUGCUGUGGACGCAAGUAUGAGUUUUCCCCACAGACUUUGUGCUGCUACGGGAAGCAGCUGUGCACAAUUCCUCGUGACGCUGCCUACUACAGCUAUCAGAAUAGGUAUCAUUUCUGUGAGAAGUGUUUCACAGAGAUCCAGGGGGAGAAUGUUACCCUGGGUGACGACCCUUCACAGCCCCAGACGACAAUUUCAAAGGAUCAGUUUGAAAAGAAGAAAAAUGAUACCUUAGAUCCUGAACCCUUUGUCGAUUGCAAGGAGUGUGGCCGCAAGAUGCACCAGAUUUGUGUUCUGCACUAUGACAUCAUUUGGCCUUCAGGCUUUGUGUGUGACAACUGUUUGAAGAAAACUGGCAGAACUCGGAAAGAAAACAAGUUCAGUGCUAAGAGACUACAGACCACACGAUUGGGCAACCACCUGGAAGACCGAGUCAACAAGUUUUUGCGGCGACAGAAUCAUCCUGAAGCCGGGGAGGUCUUUGUCCGUGUGGUGGCCAGCUCAGACAAGACUGUGGAGGUCAAGCCCGGGAUGAAGUCACGGUUUGUGGAUUCUGGGGAAAUGUCUGAAUCUUUCCCCUAUCGAACCAAAGCACUCUUUGCUUUUGAGGAAAUUGAUGGAGUGGACGUGUGCUUCUUUGGGAUGCACGUGCAAGAGUAUGGCUCUGAUUGCCCCCCACCAAACACAAGGCGUGUGUACAUAUCUUAUCUGGACAGUAUUCAUUUCUUCCGGCCCCGAUGCCUCCGGACAGCUGUUUACCAUGAGAUCCUUAUUGGAUAUUUAGAAUAUGUGAAGAAACUGGGGUAUGUCACAGGACACAUCUGGGCCUGCCCCCCAAGUGAAGGAGACGACUAUAUCUUCCAUUGCCACCCCCCUGACCAGAAAAUCCCCAAACCAAAGCGCCUCCAGGAGUGGUACAAGAAGAUGCUGGACAAGGCAUUCGCGGAGCGGAUCAUUCACGACUACAAGGAUAUCUUCAAACAAGCAACUGAAGACAGGCUCACCAGUGCCAAGGAGCUGCCCUACUUUGAGGGUGACUUCUGGCCCAACGUGCUGGAGGAGAGCAUUAAGGAGCUGGAGCAAGAGGAAGAGGAGAGGAAGAAGGAGGAGAGCACUGCGGCCAGCGAGACCACGGAGGGCAGCCAGGGCGACAGCAAGAACGCCAAGAAGAAGAACAACAAGAAAACCAACAAGAAUAAAAGCAGCAUCAGUCGAGCCAACAAGAAGAAGCCCAGCAUGCCCAACGUGUCCAACGACUUGUCCCAGAAGCUCUACGCCACGAUGGAGAAGCACAAAGAGGUCUUCUUUGUGAUCCACCUGCACGCUGGGCCCGUCAUCAACACACUGCCCCCCAUCGUGGACCCCGACCCCCUGCUCAGCUGUGACCUCAUGGACGGGCGUGACGCCUUCCUCACCCUCGCCCGAGACAAGCACUGGGAGUUCUCCUCCUUGCGCCGGUCCAAGUGGUCCACACUGUGCAUGCUGGUGGAGCUGCACACCCAGGGCCAGGACCGCUUCGUCUACACUUGCAACGAGUGCAAGCACCACGUGGAGACGCGCUGGCACUGCACUGUCUGCGAGGACUACGACCUCUGCAUCAACUGCUACAACACCAAGAGCCACGCCCACAAGAUGGUGAAGUGGGGGCUGGGCCUGGACGACGAGGGCAGCAGCCAGGGCGAGCCGCAGUCCAAGAGCCCCCAGGAGUCGCGGCGCCUAAGCAUCCAGCGCUGCAUCCAGUCCCUGGUGCACGCCUGCCAGUGCCGCAACGCCAACUGCUCGCUGCCGUCCUGCCAGAAGAUGAAGCGGGUGGUGCAGCACACCAAGGGCUGCAAGCGCAAGACCAACGGGGGCUGCCCGGUGUGCAAGCAGCUCAUCGCCCUCUGCUGCUACCACGCCAAGCACUGCCAGGAGAACAAGUGCCCGGUGCCCUUCUGCCUCAACAUCAAACACAAGCUCCGGCAGCAGCAGAUCCAGCACCGGCUGCAGCAAGCCCAGCUCAUGCGCCGGCGGAUGGCCACCAUGAACACCCGCAAUGUGCCUCAGCAGAGUCUGCCUUCCCCUACCUCAGCUCCGCCCGGGACCCCCACGCAGCAGCCCGGCACGCCUCAGACGCCGCAGCCCCCGGCCCAGCCCCAGCCCUCACCCGUGAGCAUGUCACCAGCCGGCUUCCCCAGUGUGGCCCGGACUCAGCCCCCCACCACGGUGUCCACCGGGAAGCCUACCAACCAGGUGCCGGCCCCUCCGCCCCCUGCACAGCCCCCACCGGCCGCGGUGGAAGCGGCCCGGCAGAUCGAGCGCGAGGCCCAGCAGCAGCAGCAUCUGUACCGGGUGAACGUGAACAACGGCCUGCCCCCCGGGCGCGCGGGCAUGGUGACCCCGGUUAGCCAGAUGGCCCCCGUGGGCCUGAACGUGCCCCGUCCCAGCCAGGUCAGCGGGCCGGUCAUGCCCAACCUGCCCCCCGGACAGUGGCAGCAGGCGCCUCUUCCCCAGCAGCAGCCGAUGCCGGGCCUGCCUCGGCCUGUGCUGUCCAUGCAGGCCCAACCGGCCGUGGCCGGGCCGCGGAUGUCCGGCGUGCAGCCUCCCCGGAGCAUUUCGCCCGGCGCCCUGCAGGACCUGCUGCGGACCCUGAAGUCGCCCAGCUCCCCGCAGCAGCAGCAGCAGGUGCUCAACAUCCUCAAGUCCAACCCUCAGCUGAUGGCGGCCUUCAUCAAGCAGCGCACAGCCAAGUACGUGGCCAGUCAGCCCGGCCUGCAGCCCCAGCCCGGACUGCAGCCACAGCCCGGCCUCCAGGCCCAGCCCGGCCUGCACCAGCAGCCCGGCCUGCAGAACCUGAACGCCAUGCAAGCCGGCGGGCCCCGGCCCGGCGUGCCUCCGCAGCAACCGGCGAUGGGAGGCCUGAACCCCCAGGGCCAGGCCCUGAACAUCAUGAACCCGGGCCACAACCCCAGCAUGGCAAGCAUGAACCCGCAGUACCGGGAGAUGCUCCGGAGGCAGCUGCUCCAGCAGCAGCAGCAGCAACAGCAGCAGCAGCAGCAGCAGCAGCAGCAGCAGGGCAGCACGGGCAUGGCCGGGGGCAUGGCCGGGCAUGGCCAGUUCCAGCAGCCCCAGGGACCCGGAGGCUACCCCCCGGCCAUGCAGCAGCAGCGGAUGCAGCAGCACCUCCCCAUCCAGGGCAGCUCCAUGGGCCAGAUGGCAGCUCAGAUGGGCCAGCUCAGCCAGAUAGGGCAGCCGGGGCUGGGCGCAGACAGCACCCCCAACAUCCAGCAGGCCCUGCAGCAGCGGAUUCUGCAGCAGCAGCAGAUGAAGCAGCAGAUCGGGUCCCCGGGCCAGCCGAACCCCAUGAGCCCCCAGCAGCACAUGCUCUCAGGACAGCCGCAGGCCUCGCACCUCCCCGGCCAGCAGAUGGCCACGUCCCUCAGUAGCCAGGUGCGGUCUCCGGCCCCUGUCCAGUCUCCGCGGCCCCAGUCCCAGCCUCCACAUUCCAGCCCGUCGCCACGGAUACAGCCCCAGCCUUCACCACACCACGUCUCGCCCCAGACUGGUUCCCCCCACCCAGGACUCGCAGUCACCAUGGCCAGCUCCAUAGAUCAGGGACACUUGGGGAACCCCGAACAGAGUGCAAUGCUCCCACAGCUGAACACCCCCAACAGGAGUGCACUGUCCAGUGAGCUGUCCCUGGUCGGCGACACCACAGGAGACACCCUAGAAAAGUUUGUGGAGGGUUUGUAGCAUUGUGAGAGCAUCGCUUUUCUCCCCCCUUUCAUGUUCUUGGACCUUUUGUACUGAAAUCCAGGCGUCUAGGUUCUUUUUAUGCCUAGAUGGAACCGCUACUUCCAAGCCGUGGAAGGGUAGAUUGCUGUUUAAAGAAACAAUACAAAGAAUAUAUUUUUUUGUUAAAAACCAGUUGAUUUAAAUAUCUGGUCUCUCUCUCUCUCUUUCUCUCUUUUUGUUUUUGUUUUUUGUUUUUGUUUUUUUGUUUUGGGGGGAGGGGGGUUUUGUUUGGAUUCUUUUUGUCAUUUCUGGUGACUCAUGCCUUUUUUUAACGGGAAAAACAAGUUCAUUAUAUUCAUAUUUUUUAUUUGUAUUUUCAAGACUUUAAACAUUUAUGUUUAAAAGUGAGAAGAAAAAUAAUAUUCAGAAACUGAUUCUUGAAAUAAUGCAAGCUUAUAAUGUAUCCCGAUAACUUUCUGACGUUGCGGGAAGAUUUUUUCUAUAGUGAACUCUGUGGGCGUUCUCCAAGUAUUACCCCUGGACGAUAGGAAUUGGCUCCUGCGUGCACACACGUACACACCCACACACACAUCUAUCUAUACAUACUGGCCUAAGCCAAACUCUUGUCUUGCAGAUGUAGAAAUUGUUGCUUUGUUUCUCUGAUAAAACUGGUUUUAGACAAAAAAUAGGGAUGAUCACUCUCUUAGACCAUGCUAAUGUUAAUAGAGAAGAAGCAUUCUUUUCUUUCUUCUAUGUGAAACUUGAAAUGAGGAAAAGCAAUUCUAGUGUAAAUCAUGCAAGCGCUAUAAUUACUAUAAAUAAGAAAAUUCAAGAAGAUUCAAUCACUGUAUAGAAUGGUAAAGUACCAACUCAUUUCUUAUAUCAUAUUGUUAAAUAAACUGUGUGCAACAGACAAAAAGGGUGGUCCUUCUUGAAUUCAUGUACAUGGUAUUAACACUUAGUGUUCGGGGUUUUUUUGUUAUGAAAAUGCUGUUUUCAACAUUGUAUUUGGACUAUGCAUGUGUUUUUCCCCCAUUGUAUAUAAAGUACCGCUUAAAAUUGAUAUAAAUUACUGAAGUUUUUAACAUGUAUUCUGUUCUUUAAGAUCCCUGUAAGAAUGUUUAAGGUUUUUAUUUAUUUAUAUAUAUUUUUGGAGUCUGUUCUUUGUAAGACAUGAUUCUGAUGGAUUGCUCACAGGGGAGAGGUAGGGACUGGUCCUGGUCCUGGUGGCCAUGUGGGUGGCAGCCAGGCCCAGCCAAGGCCUGGGUGGUUCUCCUUCCAGGAACCGAGGUGUCCAGCUCAGUGGGGGCCUCAUAUACCCACUGCUCCGCGGGGAGCUUCACCCACAGAGUUCAGGCCGCAGACGAGUCCGAAGCAGCACUUUGCCUCCUGUCCUCCCCUAAGCCUCAAGAUGCCAGUGUAGGGAUGGUUCCUGCAGCUGUUUGCAGUGGUACCUACCCUCCCCUUUCCUUUAUGCAAAUCCCAGAAUUGGUGCAGAAUUGGCUCCAGGGACCAGAGGUGGUUCCUGCUUCCCCACGUCCUAUGCUCCAUAGGGGUGGAUGUUGCGUGCAGCGUGUCCUGUUGUGGCCUCCGAUGCUUAGGCUGGGCAGGGCAGCGAAGAGGUCUGGCCUUUGCUCUCUACCCUCUAGAAACAGGGCCUGUGAGGGCAGUGCUGUGGUGAAAGAGCCCCCCCCCCCCCGGCUUCGAGGGAUGGGCGCUUGGCCACAUGGUCCCACACGCCACCACCACCCCCUUGCUUCCCCCUGCUCCUGGGUCCAGUUCAGGGUACCCUUACCAAGAGGGUGACACUUGAGUCCCUGGGUGCUGGAAACGUCAGGUCUGAGCAGAGGAGCACCUCCGGGGAACGUGGAAGUCUGCCCUCUAGACUGCAGCAUCCCUCCCCGACCAAGCACAAGGGACUCGAGUCCUGCCUCUUGUGUCCCUGGUCCUCCAACCCGGGUGGGGAGGCAGGGGGUGGUGGUGGCAAAUUUAGAAUUCAUGGCCCAAAUAGCUUCCCCUUUGGCCAUGUAUUCACAGAGAUCACUUCAAAAUACUGAUUUGGGAAUCUAAACUUGAGGAAGCUUUGAAAAAAAUUAAUUUUUGCACAGAGCUUCAAAUCUUGAGUUCAAACUAGAUUAAGCCAGAUAAUUAGACCGUCCUCUAGCACUGCCAGCCACCUGCCACGCCCACCACAGCCCCAGAAGGGAAAGCAGGGCCACGGCCCUCCAGUGGCCAUCUGGCCAUGCUUGCUUGCUUACUUGCUUCUUGAGUCUGGGACCCUCUGCCGACUCACGGUCUCCACUGAUGGGAAAACCCUGAGCAGACGGAAGAGGUGAGCCGUCUGGGGCCCUGGAGGAGCAGCUCCAGGGCCAUGGACACGUAGUGCAGGGCCACCACUUAAGGGGGCCGGUGGGGGGGGCAUCUUUUUCAGGUCGUCGUGGGAUCCAAAACUCUGUGUACAGGUCUCAUCUUUUUGGAGUCCAUGUCCUGUGUAAUCCACCAAGGGCUGCGGCCGAGGGUGUGGUCUGUGGAUGCUAACCCCGCACUCGGCGUAAGGAGAUUUCUGUAAGACAGCGGGAAAGGCCCGGCGCUGUGUCUCAUGCUGUAUACUUAAGAGGAGAAGAAAAAAGUCCUAUAUUUGUGAUCAAAAAGAGGAAACUUGAAAUGUGCUGGUGUUUAUAAUAAAAGCUGGUAAAACUGCUUGGA